CUUGGGAGACCCCGCGUAACAAUUUUUUUUUCUCCUUGUUUGCUUUGAAUGCGACAGAGGGAGGAGGGGCAACUCCUUCCCAGCGCAGUGCGGUCGCAAAGUAUUUCUACUCUGUUCCUCCCGCAAAGAUUUUCUCCUCGCCCCUCCCCUUCCCUCCUUCACUCCAAACUUUUCCCUCUCUCUCUCUCUGUGCUAUUCUUCUACGAAACGUUUCUGAGAUACCCCCAAAAGCAUUCUUUCCUUUUGCAACGUCGCAAAACCAAAAAAAAACAACACAUUCCCUUUAUCUUUUUCACACAUCCACAACAAUGUCUGCCCCCGAAGACUUCACCAUUGACCCCCAGACGGUCAAGGAGCUCCAGCUCCUCGAGGCGGCUCUGUCCGACGUGGACUUGGAGAUCGCGGCCAAGCAGUACCUGAUGACGCGCGACAUCUUCGCCUCGCGCAGGUCGACCAUCGCCAAGAUCCCCGCCUUUUGGGCCGUCGUCUUUGAGCACGCCCAGCGCGACCUCGAGGCCGCCAUCACGGCCGACGACACCGAGCUCCUGGUCAAGGGCCUCGUCGACAUCGAGGUCGCGCGCCCCGGCAUCCCCGCCUCGGCCACCCCCUCUGACUGCGGCAAGGACAAGUUUGGCGAGCCCAGGUCGGUCGCUUUCCGCUUCCACUUCAAGGACAACGACUGGAUCGCCGACAAGGUCCUCGAGAAGCACUUCCACUACCGCUACGCCAAGGACGGCACCGCCGGCCUCGUCUCGGAGCCCGUCAAGAUCAACUGGAAGGCCGGCAAGGACCUGACCCAGGGCCUGACCGACGCCGCCUACAACCUGUGGGUUGCCCAGAAGGGCAACGCCGCGCAGAAGCUCGACGCCGUGCUCGACAAGGACGCCCGCAAGGCCCGCGACGCCGCCGCCAAGCAGCUGCCCGAGUACAAGGCCCUGGCCGCCAUGCUGGAGGACGCCGACAAGGCCGAGGGCGCCAUCAGCUUCUUCAACUUCUUCUCGUACCGCGGCCGCUGGAUCAGCGAGGCCGAGAGCGUCGAGGCCAAGGCCGAGCUGGAGGCCAAGCGCGCCCGCGCCGCCGCCGGUCAGAGCACCAAGGAGGACGACGAGGAUGACGAGGACGAGGAGGACGACUUUGCCGAGGAGGACGUCGAGACCUUCCCCGCCGGCCACGAGGUCGCCACCACCAUCUCGGACGAGAUCUACCCCAGCGCCAUCGACUACUACAUGGAGGACGAUGCUGAGCUUUCCGAGCUCGACAUUGAGGAUGACGACAGCGACGAGGAGGACGUCGAGAUGUCUUAGAUGGAUUGAGGAGUAGAAAAGAAAAGGGAAAAUAUUUACCCGGGAUGCGGGGAAAACGUACAUUACACAGUUGGAGAAACUGUCUAUAAUUUGGUCACGCCGAAAUGAAUAUAAAUUUUCUUUGUUGUCUUCUAAACAAACAUUUUGCUAUUGAACGACUUUGAAAACUGCUCGUCUACUCUUUUUCCUUUGAGCAUACCAGAAUUCCGUGCUAUCCUUUACUUUUCCAAUCUUGUAAAAACAGGUACCCACCUAGUUGCAUUCUUUUCGGCGUUUUCGCCUUGUAAUGUAAAAUUGCAAAACCGCAUCAUGCAACACCUCGCUUGAAUCAUGCAUAAACACUUACACAAGGAAAAACCAAAAAAAAAAGGAAUAGCCACGCUUAAGCAGCAACGGCACCAAACCCC